AUUGGACUUUGUUGUUUCAUUAUCUCUCUAUGCGUUUGUGUGUGUGUGUAUAUCGUGAUAUAAUAACAAUAUAUAUCGAAACCAACGAGAUCCAGAUGAAAAAAAAUGGCAAUGUUAUUAUUUGAUGACAUCGAAAUAUUAAUGAUGACAAUAACGAUUUGUGAUUCAAUACUUGAACAAUAUAUUGUAUUCUCUUGACGACGACCACGACGAUCAUCAAAAAUCAGCUGGACUUGUUAUGAUCGAUAAUGAUCAACAUAAUCGUAGUGUGAAUAAUAAUAUCAAUCCAUUGAUGAUUUCAAACCACAUCAAUAAUAAUCAACAAACAAAUUAUUUCCAUCAAUCGGUUAUUUGAUAAAGCGUUUUUUUUUCUUUCAUAUUCGAAAAUCCUCUUUCAAUUUACCAAUUUCAUUAAUCAAAAAGCUAAUUAUUGAAGUCGACAGUGUAUUCAACAUUUAAAUUUGAUUCCAAAAAUGUACUACAAUCAUCCACCACCACAACAACAACAACAACAACAACCAGUGAAUCAGUCAUCCUCGAAUCAAUCGGAUGACCAUCGUCAUCAUCAUCAUCAAAAUCAAAUAUUUCAUCAGGCAUCAUAUCAUCAAGAUCCAUAUACAUUCUAUCCAUUCAGUUUCUUUCCAAAAGAUGUUGAUAUUGAUGACGAUGUUGACGAUGUUGAUGGUAGACCAAAUACAUUUGUUGAUAAUCAACAACAAUCACAAUAUCAACAACAUCAACAACAAUUGGAAAAAAUUGAUAUUGUAGGCCAUCCAACAACAUUGUAUCAGAAUCGUUCUGUAUCGAUUAUAAAUUGUGAAUAUAAAUUAAAAGAAAAAUAUCCACAUCUAAUUACAUUGAUCUUCUUCUUUGUCAUUUAUAUAACAAUCAUUCUAUUGGGUGCAUCAUUAUUCAUGGCAUUCGAAUCGAAAGCAGAACAACGUCUUCGUGAUCAAAUUAUGAAUAAACAACAAUUGUUUCUUGAACAGAAUCAAUGUGUCGAUUCCAAAGAAUUGAAACAAUUUAUCAAAAGUGUCAUCAUUACAUAUGAUAAAGGUGUAAAUUUGGCAUUGCUUAAUGAUCUAGUUGAUUCAAUGAUGAUGACAACGAUGACAGUUGCCGAUUCCGAUGGUGAUGAAACGGAUAAAAUGUUAGCUGGAAAUAAAAAUGUUUCAAAAGUGAUUGUCAUUGAUAAACGAACCGAUGACAGCAAUGAUGAUGUCAUUGAAGAAAUAAUUGUAACUGAAAGAAAACAGCAACAACCAUCAUUGAAAUCAUAUCCAACCGAACAACAACAACAAUUGGAAGAACAACAACAAAAAGAAGGCCAAAGAGUUAAAGCAUCAACAUUGAUUGUACCGAUACAAAUGUCAAAUUGGGAAUUUGGUUCCAGUAUGACAUAUGUUGCAAGUGUUGUCACUACAAUUGGCUAUGGUCAUGUUACACCGAUUACGAAUGAAGGAAAAAUUUUAACAAUAGUUUUCGGUGCCAUAUCGAUUCCAUGUACAUUACUGUUUCUUUCCAUCAUCAUUUCAAUGAUUCGUGAUGGUCCAAUCAAACAGAUUGAAGUAUGGCUCAUCAAAUUAUUCGGUUAUUUUACUGAAGAAGUAACAUUAUUAAAAAUUCGUUUCCUACAUCUAUUCCUGGUUACAAUGGUACUAUUUUCCGCAUUGAUAAUCCUACCGGCUUUUCUGUUUAAACAAAUGGAACCACAAUGGACAUUUUUAGAUUCAUUUUAUUAUUGUUUCAUUACAAUCACUACGGUUGGUCUUGGCGAUUAUGUACCCGGACAAAAUGGUCUGACCGAAAAUCGUACAUGGUAUCUAAUCAGUAUAGUUGUCUACAUGUACUUUGGUCUUUGUUUGAUGAUGUUAUGGAUUGCAUUGGUUCUUCGUAUACCAUAUUUUAAUUUUAAAACAUUUUUAGUUAUUGAAGAACCAGAAUUAUUGGAACGUAAACUUAUUAAUGAACAAAUUCGUAAUUGUCAACAACAUUCGAUUAUAAAUUCCAGUGACAAUGAUCAUGAUCAUGAUGAUGAUGAUGAUGAUGAGAAAGCACCAUUAAUAACAUCGACAUCAUCACCACCAUCAUACAUUAUCAAUCAAAUUUAA